AUGGAAGUUCCUAUUUACGUCGUAACUUCAGAACAAAUACUCAAUUGCAUGCACCCUACCAGCGACAAUGCAUUCGCUACCUAUAGCUUGGUAGUAGGAGGUCACAUUAAAACCCUCAUAGUGUCCGUAAACGGGAAUGGAUAUAUAGCGGGAGGCGGUGAUAUAGAUCGUGUCGAAGAAACAGUCGCUAAUUGCACCCUGCACACCGAUGACGGCACUGGCAUGUUCAAUUUUACACAGGUCGAACAGGCUCUUGUACAUGCGUCUCAAACGCUUGCAAAAAUGACACCAACUAGAAGGCUUGAGUCGAAUGGAUCGAUAACAACCUUUGCUGAUAACAUGUCGGCUCACCCACACUAUCGCACCUUCACAAUGAAUACAUGCCAGGAUGGCCCUCCUUCAUGUAACUGCUCAGACCUCCCAUAUGAUUCGUUAUCCGAUCCAUCAGCUAUGCUCUUUGGGAAAGGGACAUGGAAUGGUCCAAGUAUACCACAUCCAGGUGACCAUGACAACCAAUCCACAACAGUAAUCAAUAUCCCCGUAACGACAGGCCACUCCAUCACCUUGAGCACUUUUUCCCCAAGUCAAGGUUUUCGUAGCUGCAGCACCAUCUAUAAUUUCUACCCCGUCUUUGCAAAUGGUACAUACGAUCCUAAUGGUUCGUUUAGCAUUGUAAGGAGCACAAGUGGUCCAUUCAGUGGGUUGAUUUUAGCACCAAAAGCACGUAUUCUUGAAGGCCCUGAAGGUGGAUUUGUGGGACAAGUUUUUGGGCGUGAGUAUACUUGGAUUCACCUUUUUGAAGGAUCCACCAUCUACCCAUACUCUUAUCUUGAGGAAGACCAUUGUUCAGGAUACUUUGAUGGGUGUUUCCCUGUAGUGAUAGAAGAAGAGGAGGAGGAGGAGAUUGAGCCUUCCUCGUCACCUUCUAGUAGUAGCAGUGUCUUAAGUAGUACUAGUAGCCGAGAUACAAGCAGUAGCCCAACAAGAACCAGCAGCUCACAUACAAGUAGUCAUGGUGAUAGUACUGGAAGCCUUACAACAAGCAUCACAUUGAGCUCAAGCACCACAACUGCUCGUAACCAUGACAACACCAUGGCAACCACGAGUAGCAGUGACAUGACUAUUACCAGCAAUAGCAGCAGCUCACAUACAAGUGGUCCUAGUGAUAGUACUGGAAGUUUUACAACAAGCACCACAACUGCUCGUAACCAUGGCAACACCAUGACAACCACGAGUAACAAUGACAUGACUAUUACCAGCAAUAGCAGCAGCAGCAGUCAUGAUGUUGCAUUUAUGCACAGCACACGAGACGUGGAAUCAACAACCACACAUUUAUCAACAACAGGAUUCUCCACCCCCACAACAUCCUUUGGCUACACCAUCGUUGUAACCGAAACUAUGACCAUGACUUCCACACCCGCCGUCAAUAGCGAUUUGCCAUUUGCAACAAGAGCACCGUAUGCUGGAAGUAACAAUAUGGAUGAUUUGAAGAUUGCAUACGUGCUGCAGACAACGACAGGGCUUGUUACAGAAUACGAUAGCCUUAUCAGCUUACGCAGUGAAUAUCAAAAGGAGCUGCCAACGCCUGUAAAAGAUGUUACUAUGACACGAAAAGUGCAAGUUACCACACAUCCAAAAACCACGAGCACUGUAUUUAUAUGGAUUUGA